CGCCCACUUCCAACAGGGCCGUUGCCGUCAGACCAAUGACAAGCGACAGCAUUGACAGGAUGCACAGACUGAUCUUCUCUCUCUCCACCCACCUUCCCCUCUCCCUUUUGGGGAUCAGCUGCAAGGCCGACUCCCCAUUUGGGAGUCCAUCACAUCUGAUAAGUGGGUUGUUCCAUCAUUGAGCACGGAUAUAAAAUCAAGUUUGAUACUGUGCCCCCUUCGGGACCGAUCCAUUACACUUCUCCAUCAACGGUCCUUCAAGAUGAAGUCUCCCAACUACUACUACUUCAUAAAGGGGCGAUUCACCAGCUUUCUCGCUCAGAGGGGCUCCACGGUUUCUACUCAAGAUAUUUUACGGUCCCGAAAUGGGAUGGUGGUCUAUGUCCAAUCCUUGAUCUACAUGGUGUUGACAAGUUCAUCAAGACUAAGACAUUUUGAAUGACCACCCUUCAGAAUAUCCUUCUGUUGCUCAGGAGAGAAGAUUGGUUCACUUCUCUGGACAAAGGAUGCAUAUUUCCACAUCAGCAUCCAUCUGUCACAUAGGCGGCUGCUCCAAUUCACUGUUGGUUCUGACCUCUUCAAGUAUAAUGUUCUCCCAUUUGGACUCGCUACUGCUCCACGAGUCUUCAUGAAGAGCAUGGCCCCCUUUUGUGCCCACCUCAGGCUACAAGGUGUCCAGAUUUAUCCCUACCUGGACGAUUAGCUGAUCGUCUUCUCAUUGAAAGAGAGCCUGCUUUUGGCCAUCAAUUCCACGUGUAGAUUCUUAGAUGAACUCGGACUCUGUAUUAAUAUUGAAAAAUCAUGCCUCGUUCCCUCACAGGUCAUCAACUUCAUCGGAGCACACCUUGACUCAAUUCAAGCCAGAGCGUUUCUGCCACAAGCUCGAAUGGACAAGCUUUGGUCAUCGAUUCAUCACAUCUCCAAUGGCCAACCUACUCCUGCACUUUCCAUCCUGAAGUUGCUCAGACACAUGGCUUCCCCAGUCGCUUCAAUACCCAAUUCCAGACUUCAAAUGCAACCCCUGCAACUCUGGUUCAAUCACCUCUUCCAUCCUCAACACGACUCUCCAAAUCGUCUCUUGCUCCCACCUGCUUUCAUUCUCCAGACUCUGACUUGGUGGAAGAUCAAAGACAACCUCAUCACAGGGGUCCCCUUUCGCUAGCCACAACUGACAGGGACCCUGUACACUGAUGCCUUCCUUGCAGGGUGGGAAGCACAUUGUGCCAAUCUCUGUACUCAUGCCACCUGGCAUGGUCAUGAGAAGUCCAGGCACAUCAGUUAUUCUAGCUGUCUUCAAAGCUCUCCAGUCUUUCAAGUUGACUCUUCGUGGCCAAGUAGUUCAAAUAGCCUCAGACAAUGUCGUGACUGUCUUUUACAUCAACAAGCAGGGCGGCAUGAAAUCAGUACCCUUGGCACAUCUUGGCCUGCGCAUAUGGGACUGGUGUAUCCCCAGGGGGAUGACUCUGCUAACAGUUCAUCUCACCAGUGUAGACAACGAAGAAGCGGAUGCCCUCAGCAGAUGGAUGUCGACAACUCACCACAUUUUCCAACACUGGGGCACCCCAGACAUAGAUCUGUUUGCCACAGUGGACAAUGCAGUUUACACAAACUAUUGCUCCUGGGCAGGCAUCGGCCCAAAUUCACUGGGAGACGCUCUGAUGGUGAACUGGGCAAACAUGUUUUUCUAUGCGUUUCCUCCGAUUCCGCUCAUUGCAAAAACCCUGACCAAAAAUGUUCAAGAUGAAGCCCAGGGAAUUCUCAUAAUGCCUUGGUGGCCAUGCCAACCCUGGUUUCCCACCAUUCUCAGUCUCUUCAAGAAAACCUUUUUCUGUCUCUCACGGGUCCUUCAUCUCAUUACUCAGGAAAAUAGGGUGAUUCGCCAUCCGGACCUCAAUUCUCUGAAUCUCACCGCUUGGCUUAUUCAGGGACUGUCGCUUUUUCCUCUUCCUUAGUACCGACAACUUCAUCGAACCUGAUGAUUCCUGCACAAUCCCUGGUACCGAUAAGAUCUUCGGUACCUAUGGAACCCCCAGGUCCUGUUUCAGAUUUGAGCGUCCUUCACCCAGACCUACAAUUUAUUCUCCAAUCUGCUCUAUGACCGACGACUUGUUGCUCCUACAAAGCUAAAUGGAGACUUUUACCACCUUUGCAGCAACCAACCAAUUUCUGCCACACUCAACCUUAAUUGACAAUAUUUUACUCUUGUUAUCUCUACAUCAGCACAGACUUAAUCCUACUUCUAUUAAGGUUUACAUCGCCGCGAUUUCUCACUUCAGUGGUCUCAUCUCCAGCUCCUCUGUCUUCUCACACAUUCUCGUCCGCCAUUUCCUGAAAGGAUUACAAAAUCUUCAGCCUCCAGUUCAUUCAGUGGUACCAACGUGGAGUCUCUCUGUGGUUUUAUAGGCUCUUACUAAAGCUCCCUUUUGAAUCUUUGGCUACCACUGACCUAUGCUUGUUGUCUUGGAAAACAGCCUUUCUUGUCACCAUCACUUUGGCUAGGAGGGCAAGUGAGCUCUGUGCUCUUUGUAUCGACCCUCCUUACCUCAACUUUCAUAAGGAGAAGGUCGUACUCCGGACUGAUCCUUCCUUCCUUCCUAAAGUCGCUACACCUUUUCACAUCAAUCAGGAUAUUGUUCUGCCAGCCUUCUUCCCCUUGCC